CGAAAAAACCGCAAAAAAUUUAGUCCAAAUGAAAUCAACGGCCUCUCCUCCUGAGUCUGCUCCUCCGCCGACUCCUCGACCUCGACUGCGGAGCACCCGAUCCAACUCCUCCACCUCCUUCUCCUUCUCCUCCUCCUCCUCCUCCUCCUCCAUAUUCUCCAAACCCUCCCCUUCCCGCCAAAACUACAUCCUAUCCCCAUCCCGCUCCUCCUCCUCCUCGAUCCCCUUCAGCUGGGAACAAACCCCUGGGAUCCCCAAAACAGUGCCUAAAACUCUAAAACCCCACCCAAACCCUACUAACCCUAACCUCCCCCUCCCUCCCCCACUCCGCUCCGAUUCAUUCACUCGCAAUAUCGCCGCCGCCGCCGCCGCCGAUCCCUUCGCCGUCGCGCUCGUCGAAUGCCGCCAAAGAUCCACGCGCGGAGGCGUCCCAUCUAUGGAUCUUAGAACAGGGCCGCCGCGAUCAAAACGCGGCGGUGGUCCGCCGGCGAUCGUUUCGGUUUUGGGUUCGUGCAAGACCUCGUGCUUGGUGGCGAAUUCUGUGAUCGAGAUUCGAGGGUUAGCAGCGGGUCGGAUCUUAUGGGGCCGUGGCAUCGGCGGGUCGGGUAAAGAUCGGGGCAUUCGGUUUCGGGUUCAGAUGCGAUUUGAGAUAAGUACGCAGAUCAGUUUGUGGUGAGGUUGUUGUUUGUUAUUUUUUAAGUUUAAUUACACAAAAACCACCUAAACUUUGGGGGUUUUUGUGCAUGACCCCCUGAACUUUAAACUUUUCUCGUUGGACUAACUUCCAUGUAAUUUGCAAAUGAAUAAAAUUUACUUGGGAGGAAAAAAAAAUCCAAAUAUUACAUGAGGGGGCAUGCUGCUUGUAAAAUGAUAUGUAACAAAGAUUGAGAUUUUUCACUCUAAAAAAUAUUUUAAUUAUUUGCAAAUUAUCUGGGAGCAGAUUAAAAUUCAGGGAGGUUUUGUGAGACACCCCUAAAAUUUAGGGUAUUAUGUAAUAUAAAUAGAUUUUAAGAAGGUUGUGAGCAACAUCAUCCAAAGUUUGUGGUUGAAAAAUUAACCCUAAUUUUUAAGUGGGGACAAGAAGAUUAUGUUUUCGAUCA